ACUACCUGAAGGACGAGCUGGAUCGCUACGUGGAGCAGCUCCAGAUCGUGCGAGUCGUGCGGCAGGAGGAGAGGAAAGGGCUGAUCACGGCACGGCUGCUGGGGGCCAGCGUGGCCAGCGGGGAGGUCCUCACCUUCCUGGAUGCCCACUGCGAGUGUUUUCACGGCUGGCUGGAGCCCCUCUUAUCCCGCAUCGCCCAAGAGCCCACGGCCGUCGUGAGCCCCGACAUCGCCACCAUCGACCUCAACACCUUCGAGUUCUCCAGGCCGGUGCAGAACGGCAAGCAGCACAGCCGCGGCAACUUCGACUGGAGCCUGACGUUCGGCUGGGAGCUCGUCCCGCCGCGGGAGAGGCAGCGGAGGGAGGGCGGGACCCUCCCCUGCAGAUCACCGACCUUCGCCGGUGGCCUCUUUGCCAUCUCCAGGUCCUACUUCGAGCACAUCGGCUCCUACGACGACCAGAUGGAGAUCUGGGGGGGCGAGAACGUGGAAAUGUCCUUCAGGGUAAGGGUGGGUCAGCGCCGUCUUCAAAGGGCGGCUUCNCCCCACACCUUCCCCAAGGGCACCCAGGUCAUCUCCAGGAACCAGGUCCGCCUGGCCGAGGUCUGGAUGGACGACUACAAGGAGAUCUUCUACAGGAGGAACCAGCAAGCGGCUCAGAUGGCCAGAGAGAAGACGUAUGGUGACAUUACAGACCGGCGCAAGCUGAGGGAGCAGCUCCACUGCAAGAACUUCACCUGGUACCUCCAGACCAUCUACCCAGAGAUGUUUGUUCCCGACCUCACUCCAACUUUUUAUGGAGCG